GAGUACUGUCCUGUUUUUGCUCUAUCUGUAUAGGGGGUGUGUGAAUCCUCAGAAGUACCACGUGAACCUAUCUGUGGGAUUCUCUCACCAUUUAGCUUCUUCUCUUCUCUGGAGUCUCUUAGAGUGGGUUAGGCUUUGUGAAACCGCUGCCCAGCCUCACUCAUGCAUCAGCUGUACCGGAGAAGUCUUCAGCUCUAAACCCAAGCCGGUACCUGAAACACUGGCUUCUGAGUACCAGAGCGGCCGGAGCGCACGGAACUACAAGAAUCACUGACAAAACCACCACGAGGACAAUCACCGCGGCCAUCAGGGCGGGGCGGCUGAGGGCCGACCCUGAGACCGCCGGUCCGGAUAAACGAGCCCAGAUGCUGAAGAUGAUCUCGGUGCUGGAGGAGCUGCACAGGACAUUUAACAGCACACUGAGCUCACGGAUCACCAUCAUGCCACGAGCAAACGGCAGAAAUUCAGGAAGAAAAAAUAAAGUGGCUCCUGCUGCUGACGGAGGGGUGAAGUCCACCACCGCGGCCCCGACAGCAGUCGACAGCACCGUGUCCAGAGCGAGUGCAGACGUUAACGUCCCCAGUCUGACCGGUCGAAACUUCAAGAAGUCCCUCCCACCGCAGACCAAGAAGACCAACAAAAGAGUGUGUUUCUGGAAGUACUGCUCCCAGAACUGAUCGUCUCUCAGCCAGUGUUGACCUUUCCACAGCUGGUUUCCCUCCAUACUCUCCCACCUUUUCUUCCUCCUCGCCCCACCCAUCACCUUCUCCCAUCCAUUCAUCCAU